GGGCGCGUGGCCUCGAGAACUUUUCUCUUGCACAGCCUCCUCUUCUCACUCCGUGCGCACGCCAUGGGAGUCCAAGAGGAGAAGCUGGUCGAGAAAAUCUCAGAGAUCUAUGACCGCAUCUCAAAACUCCCAAGCCUCAGCCCAUCCAAGGAAGCGAACACCCUCUUCACCGAGCUAGUUCUCGCAUGCAUCCCUCCGAGCCCCAUAGACGUCUCCAAGCUUGGGAAAGAAGUCCAGGAGAUGAGAUCCAGGCUCAUCCAACUCUGUGGCCAGGCCGAAGGCCUCUUGGAAAGCCACUACUCCGACAUCCUAGCGGACACCUACGACAACCCAAUCGAUCAUCUGAACCUCUUCCCGUACUACUCCAACUAUCUACAGCUGAGCCUGCUGGAGUACACGCUGUUAGCUCGGCACGCCACGAGCCCCCCGACAAGCCGGGUGGCCUUCGUCGGCUCUGGGCCUUUGCCCUUGAGCUCGCUGGUGCUGGCCGCGCGGCACAUGAGGGUCGCCCGGUUCGACAACUACGACGUGGACCCGAGCGCGACCGCGCGGGCGCGGCGCCUGGUGCGCGCCGACCCGGACCUGGGGGCGCGCGUGGCCUUCCGCACCGCCGACCUCUUCGGCCUCACCCGCGAGCUCGCCGGCCACGACGUGGUCUUCCUGGCCGCGCUCGUCGGCGUCGAGCGCGAGGAGAAACUCCAGGCCGUCGAACACCUCGCGCGGCACAUGGCGCACGGCGCCCACCUCGUCCUCCGGAGCGCCCACGGGGCCCGGGCCUUCCUCUACCCCGUGGUGGAGCCGGGAGAUCUCAAAGGGUUCGAGGUGCUGUCGGUCUACCACCCCAGUGAUGAGGUGAUAAACUCGGUGAUCAUAGCGAGGAAGCCGAAGCAUGGUGGGGUCGGGACCGGGGCCGUGAUGAGGACUUGCAAGUGCUGUGAGAUGAUGCAAGGGAUCAAUCACUUGGGGCAUGGGGCGCCCAUGAUUGAAGAGAUGGCGCUGGAGGAGCUGCCUUCGUGAGAAUGGAAGAUUAGUUUUUCCUUGCCUUGUUGAAUUCUUGGAUGGCUAGCUUGAUGUUAUGAUUAAUUAUUAUGUCUUUCUUCUAACUGUACGUUGUCUUUAAUUUUGUGCUCAUGAUGAUGUGUGGGUUACCAUGGUUUGUGUUUUGGCUUUCAAAUGUUUACUAGCAAGUGCAGUAAGUGCAAGUGGCAUUGUUGUUCUUCGGUUGGAAGGACAAACAUUAUGUUAAUUGUUCUGAUCGGGAAUUUUAUCUAUAUCAAUAAGUCUUAUCUACAUGGCAUUUGGACUA